AAGAAAUUAAUUAACUAAUAAAUAAUGCUAGAUUUAAAAACUAGUUUUAUUGUAAUAGUUGUGCAAAUCUUAUGCUUUGAAUAUUGUUUGUCGCGAUUUAUAGUCAGACCGCCUAUAAGUCCCUUAGCAUCAAAUGGGACACCAAUUCCGGCCAACUUUUCUGUUAAAUAUUAUACACAACUAAUCGAUCACUUUAAUUAUAUUAAUACCAAUCAAUUCAAACAACGGUAUAUUAUAUCGACCGACCACUGGUGCGAUGGGUGUCCCAUAUUUUACUACACCGGCAAUGAGGGCGAUAUAUUCAUGUUUGCCAACAACACAGGAUUUAUGUGGGAAAAUGCCAAACAAUUUCGGGCAAUGAAUUUGUUUCUGGAGCACAGGUAUUACGGAGAGUCUGUGCCCUUUGGCAAAGUUGAUAAAAAUUUAACCAAAAUAGGUUAUUUAUCAAUGGAUCAGGCUUUGGCCGAUUUCGCAGACUUUAUACAGUAUAUAAAGGCUACAAUUCCGGGUGCCGUGAAUAGUCCGGUUGUGGUUUUUGGUGGCAGUUAUGGCGGCAUGCUGGCCUCGGCCUUUAGACUCAAGUAUCCGGGGCUCAGUGUGGGUGCCAUAGCCGCCAGUGCACCCAUACUAGCGGUGCAGGGUCUAACUAAGAGCUGUUCCGGUUUCCCAUUGGUUGAAACCAAAGACUAUACAGAAUAUUCUGCAAACUGUUCGCAAACAAUCAAGAAUUCAUGGACAGCCAUCGAGCGCAUUACCGGCACAGCUGACGGACGCAAGUGGUUGACCAACGAGUUUAAGUUAUGCAAAGAGUUGGCCGCCGGUGAGGGGUAUCGGGUGUCCCAAUGGCUAGACACCGCGUGGGCUAAUACAGCGAUGGUUGACUAUUCAAACGCCGCCACCUUUUUGUCCGAUUUACCCGCGUAUCCAAUGCGCGAAAUGUGCAAACAAAUGACAAAUCCGGGCGCCGACGACCGGGGGCUACUCAGCCAGGUGCAUAAGGCGGCCAACAUUUACUAUAACUAUACCGGGCAUUCAAAAUGCUGCGAUUUAGUGGCUUCCACCGGACUCGUCGACAUGACUGUCUGGGGCUUUCAGUCGUGCACUGAUAUAGUGCUGCCCUUCUGUGCCAACGGGAAGACUAUGUUUGAACCGUUUGACUUUGACUUUAAGGCAUUUUCUGACCAAUGCUUCGGCGAGUAUGGCGUCCGUCCGGACCCGCGGAAAGCUGUGAUGCUUUGGGAGAACCGAUCCCUUCGGAGCGCAACAAACUUGAUAUUCAGCAACGGUUUGCGCGACCCGUGGAGUAGUGGCGGAGUAUUGAACUCAUUGUCCGAUUCGGUGAUAGCGUUGACUAUCAGUCACGGCUGUCAUCACGAAGAUCUCCGGCCUGCAGGCGUUAACGACACUCAAGAGCUCAUUAAUGUCCGCAAUCAAGAGAAACAGUAUAUGAAACAAUGGAUUGAAGAGCAUUACAUCAAAUUGAAUUACUUUCCUAAUGAAUGGCUUAAUUAAUUAGUCUUAAUUAUAAUUAUAAAUAAACUGUUGUGCAAAU